AUGGAACUUUCUUCUCUUUUGGCUAUAUCGUCCAGACUUCAAAUAACCUACCCGUACACUUUGGUUAAAAUACUACGGUUCACCGUUGAACUUAACCAGCAACUACGCAACACCAGCACCGGGCAUUUGAAUGGAACUUUCUUCUCUUUUGGCUAUAUCGUCCAGACUUCAAAUAACCUACCUGUACACUUUGUUAAAAUACUACGGUUCACCGUUGAACUUAACCAGCAACUACGCAACACCAGCACCGGGCAUUUAAAUGGAACUUUCUUCUCUUUGGCUAUAUCGUCCAGACUUCAAAUAACCUACCCGUACACUUCGGUUAAAAUACUACGUUCCACCGUUGAACUUAACCAGCAACUACGCAACAGCAGCACCGGGCAUUUAAAUGGAACUUUCUUCUCUUUGGCUAUAUCGUCAAGACUUCAAAUAACCUACUCCAUACACUUCGGUUAA